AUGCAACCAGUUACAUAUUCCCUUUUGUUGACAUGUUUGGCAGUUAUACUGCCAUCUUGUUAUGGUAUUUCCUUCCCAAAUAUUUUCAACCCUAUACAGUCGCAUGUCAAUCCUGUUGCUAUUGAGGCGAAGGUGUGUAGUGCUGUUCAAAACGGUACCUCUGAAACUCAAUUAAAAGUACUUAAUUUGUACAGUAGAGUUUUGGAAUUGGUUGCCAACUUACAAAAAUAUUCGAUAUUGUCACAAACAAUAGGCGGUCUUCAAACAGUUAUCUACAUUCAGAAUGUUGAAAAUCGAGCACUGCUCAUUACAAAUUGUCAUCAAUUCUUUGUCGGACUACAACAAGCUGGCGAUGCUGAUGUACAAACUAUUGCAGCAUUGCUCCCACAAUCACAAAUGCUAAUCAAUUCGGUCAAGCAACAAGUCAUGGACAUGAUUACCUCAGAAAUGGGGCCUCUUCCAACCUGA